AAUGUCUGCAGUCAUUUGAUUGGGUGUGAAGCGACCAAUCACACGCCUCGACUUCGAGCCGCAAUGUACCCUGGGAGUUUUUAGUUCGAACUAUUAUCCUACGCUCAUUCUGCUUAUUGAGAUUUUUUUAUGUCAAAUAUAAGAAAAAUAUAAUAAUUUACUCGCACAAUAGUUUAUUAAAUGCCUAAAACAGUCAUUUUAAACGUGUUUGGAAAGCUUUAGCUACGGACAGCCUGGUUUAUAUCUGUGUCAUUUUUGUUUGUCUGAGCUCAGUACUCCAGCAUGACUUCAGCUUCCACAAAGGUGGGCGAGAUCUUCUCGGCUGCUGGCGCUGCGUUCACCAAACUGGGUGAAUUGACCAUGCAGUUGCAUCCAGUGGCAGACUCAUCUCCUGCAGGGGCCAAAUGGACAGACACAGAGAUUGACAUGCUACGUUCAGCAGUACGACGUUUCGGUGAAGAUUUGAACAGCAUCAGCUCUGUCAUAAAGGAACGCACCGUUGCCCAGAUUAAGACCACAGUGAAAAGGAAACUCUACGAAGACAGUAGGGUACCUCUCACCACAGAGUCCCCUAAAAAGAUAAUGAAGAAGACCCCUGUGACGCUACCACCUCCUCCAGCAUCAGUGGCUUCCAGUGUUAUUUCCGUGCCAACCUCUCAGGUUGUCGUGACAACAGGAUUGCAGAGUUCUUCAUCUUUACAACCGGCAAUAAAGAACCCUAAACCAUCAGAUGUGACGCUGAGUGCUCUGAAUGACUCUGAUGUGAACAGUGAUUUGGUGGAUAUCGAAGGGCUCGGAGAGGGUUCGACUAAAAGACCAAACUUUGACCAAGAGAGCUUAAAUCUGGACUCCAGUCUGAUAAUGAACUCCAGUGAUUUGCCCCUGCUGUCCCGCUGAUUCGCAUCCAUCACUCAUGUUAAUUUUCAAGGAGAUGGGGGACUACAGUUAUCAAGAACAGCCCAUGUAAUGAAGCUGCAGUUUGAUUUCAUGCUAAGAGAACUGUAAAGGCUACAGUCGGCACCUGUUGUACAUUUUCCAUUUUGGGUCCGAAAGCAUCAGACCUGUUUUAGAUCAGCGACUCCACCAUUGGUUCGUAUGAAAUGGUGUAAUUUUAAAAUAUUGUGCUAUUUUUUUGUUGUUUUUUUUCUAAUGGGGGAAAUUGGCACUUUUGGUCAGAACCUGAUGGAAAAAUUAGUUUGUGUGGCUCGUUUAUGCCAUCUGGUACGGGCACAAUUGAAAUUAGUGGGUUUAUAGGACAGAUGUGCAGUAGUCAAACCAAUAUGUACAUUUUUUAAGCAUCUCUUUUUGUAUUUUAAUAAGCCCUUUUGGAUAAAACUAAAUGUUUCUUGGAGUAAAAUGCUAACUGUAGGGAAUAUGGCACCUUGCAAGCAAAAAGUUACAGAAGUACCAUUUUCUUUCACUGCCAUUUCUGUUAUGCGCAGCAUUUAUUAUAUGUAGUAUAGGGGACAAUGUAUAUAUUUUAUUUUUAACAUUGCAGACUGAUUAAACAAGCCAUUUUGACAACAUGCAAGGCUGAUUUUGGUUCUAUUCAACUUCCAAGUAAACAAUUUUACAUGCAGGUUAGAAAGACAGCAUACAAUCAAUAAAAUGAGUUUUUAUUAUGCUCUUGUUCAUAAGAAUAUAUGGUAUAAUAUACAUUUUUCCAUGGUAAAUGCUAUUUCUUCUUUGAUAAUCAGACAUUCAUGUGUGACUCAGAAUGAAUAAAUGUACUUUUGCUACCGACAUGUCAAAAAAAAAAAAUUACUUUUAUUUUCUUAACUUCCUGAAUAUAGUUUGAACAAUCGACAGGCAGAAGCCGCUCGUUUUGGCAUUUCUACAGAAUGUUUCUUGUGUGCUUACAAAAACUCAACCCAUUUGUAACAUUUUUUUUCAACGGACACAACCCUCGAUUUUUAGCUAUGGCCCACUUUUGGAAAAGAUUUUAUCACAGGUAA